UUGAAGGCAGCACGGUUAGAGGAAGAGGCUGUAGAAACAAAGCUCCCGUGCAGAAUGCUAUAACAACUGGACGCUCCUCGUUAAACUGCGGUGGUGAAUGUGCUCUGACCGCACUGCUGCUCUGUGUCAGCAGACCCACUGGACAGACAGUGUUCUUCCUCGUUGGUCCAGUGAGCACAGGCAGGUCUGAGCAUGCAGUCUUGAUGAGAUGAGGAGCGAGUGUAUCGUUACACUCCCUGGACCCAACUGGAUGCUUAUCAGGGCUGCUGCUUAGUGAUCCCACAACAAUAGUUGACAGGACUUUCCUACAUUUCCUCGGUCCAAUGGAAGCUGAGGGACGCAGCCCGCGUUGGAAGAUGCAUCUCCCAGACUUUAAACACACUAGGAGAUUCCCAAGUCCAGCUACAAAAGACAGUGAAAGAGGCAAGACAGAAAGAGCAGGAGACAGAGGAGAGCCACACAAAAGUGUGACUAUGGCGCCUACCUCCAGGUAUCUGACGGACAGACAGUAUGUCAUAAGAAAGCCUCUGUUCUCUGCAGAACAACAUACGUCCAUCUUAAAGAAGACACAUCCACGGACGCACGCAGAGAAGGAGAGACAGAUUGGUGUUACCGGAAGAGAAGAAAACCAGCAACACAGUGACAUUAACUUCUUGACCAGAGCAAGAACAGAACUGACCACAGAGAGCUUUAGCCUCUCUCACAGUGACAUCUCAUCUCCAUCCGCCUCUAGAGAAGACCUUGGCUCACCCUUGACUGUCUCAGAACUCAGGACUAGGCGGUACCAUGAAGAACCCACCUUUGAAUUGCCGUUCCGAGGCAGCAGAUCAGCUCAGCGGAGCCUCUCGAGCUCCGUCCUGGAGGUCCAGCGACUGAACCCUCCAAUGAGGCCACAACUGACCUCGACUGUCCUGUAUCCUACCUACACCCCCCGCUCAGGGUACUCCAGGCCGGGCCAGACUCAGCUCAGGCUAAGGGAAAAGGAGGGCAGAGGUGGAGGAGGGAACAAACUAUGUUCUCCUGGAGGGUACUCAAAGCGACACACAGUUUCACCCUAUCAGGCGAACUACUGGGCCUGCGCCAUCCCUAAUACUUUGCCUCCAUCUCCAGACAGGCACUCUGCAGGUUGGGACGCAAACAAGGAGUACCAGGCCCUGCUGGAUUACACCUACCCUCUGAGACAAGGACAAUUGGUCACUGAGUGGGACAGCUCCAACCUCCACGGAGACUCUCCCCUCCAAACAGAUCCCAACCUGCAGGACUCAGGCAUUGAACUGGACCACCUUUGUAGUUCCACCAGCCUGUCAGGAUUGCACUUUAUAGAGAGAAGCACAGAGCAGACCAGAAAAAGAAGCAGUCUAAGUGGGGGUCAUAGGUCAACUGACCGGCAGGCACUCACCACACCCUCAGGUCUGCCCUCCAGUACCCUGAUGGCCCGAUCAGACCCUGUGGGUUUGUCCUGGGACAGUGUGGACAGCAGUAAGAAUAGAGGGGGAAUGAAUCAUUACAGAAAGGAUGGUCACCAUCAUCGGCACCAUGCACUGUCCUCCUCCCUCCUCUCCUCUACUUUUAUCCGCUCCACCAGUGUUCUUCCACAGUCCAGGUGUGUUUGUGGGGAGGUGGAUGAGGAGUUCUGGCCUCUUCCAGAGCAGCUGGAGGAGCUACAGCUGCUGUCCAGGCAGGUGAGGGAGGUGACAGCCCAACUGAGCCAGCCUGUCACAGCCAGCUGGGAGUCAUUAGGGCCGGGCACCAACUCGGUCCUCUCCUCCAUCGCUCUGCCUGAGAAACAAGAGGCUGAAGACAAGGAGGAGACAGAAGUCAAAGAGCUUGAGGGCAGCAAUCAAGACACUGGUGAAGGAAGAAAUGAAACAGGCCGGGACGAGAUAAGUCCUGCUCAGACAGCAGCUGGGACUCACAAGGACUCUGAGGCAGUGAGGAGUUCUAGAGCUUGGGUGGAGCCUGUUGGAAGAGGACUGAAUCGUUACAGUCAACGGGAGGUGGAGCCUUUGGCUGAGCUGCUGAGUGGCCUCACCCUGCCUGGCAGCAGCAGUGGUCACCUGGAUCAGGAGCAAAAUGACUCCCUGAUGCAACAUAUCCAGGUGUUCUGUUCACACUUGGAGCAGCUGAUCCAGCUGCUGUUCACAGUAUCAGAGAAGAUGGAGCUGCUGGCCUCACCCACCAUGGACUUAGACAGCGUGAAGUCAUCUCUAGCUGAGUAUCAGAAUUUUCAGAGAGAAGUGAGCAGCCACCAGCCCCUGACCAGCUCUGUUCUUCACAGCGGACAGCUUCUCCUCAGCUGCAUCAACACCACGUCUCCAUGUCAUUUUAAGAGACACCCUGCUGUUGAUCGAAAGGCAGUCUGGAGUUCUGGAGACGCAAACAGAACACUUUUUCUCCUCCAUCCUGUCUGCCGUGGACAGUCUGACCCAGCCCAAACCAGUCCAGCAGAGCCAAGAGGGGGACCCAGGCACUGUGGUGGUCCAGGGGUCCACUUUGUGAAAAGACUGCAGGAUGCGUACAAGCAUAUGAUUUAUUUUAUUUAUUUAUUUCUAUGUUUUCUUACUUUCUUACAACAACUCAAUGUUCUAAUACACACCUCUCUUUUUAUUAAAAUGCAGAAUAAGUUUCCUUUGGGCCUGCCAGAUCCUUCUAAAGAAAAAUAAAAUAUAUAAUAAAUCACAGACACUUUGUGCAUCAAGUCAGCUAGUGAAGUGAAUUUGGGACCCUAAUACCAUUGUGCAUCUUAACAACACCAAACAAAAGGUGUUUACUUUCGACCCAUGGCCCACCAUUAAGUUUCAGCUUUGGAAAUUUGAAACUGCGUAAUGCAGUGACACACUGUCUGUCACUGUGAUGUGAAACACUUCAUUUGGUGUCAUUUCAACAUACCAAGUUUCUAUAUGUUUCUGAGUGUGAUGUGUGAGCGUUGGAAUGGAAGGGGUGGACAGUUAUACUCUUAGACCCUGUAAUAAACUGUGGGGUAAGACUAACUGCACUAUUACCUGAUUUUUUUACAACCUAAGUUGAUCACAGGUAUAAGAAUUUUUAAAUGCUAACUCACUGGCUAGUUUGCUCACAUAUGUACAGGAAAGGUGGUCACUGUCCACAUCCACCAUAACACAGCCUUAAAAUACAUUAUUGCUCUGUUCUCGCUGAUGUCAGUGUUGUGUGUUCUAAUCUUGUAAUCAGUGUCCAGAAAAAAAAUGUCUCUCAUCUCUGCAGUCAGAUACUUUUGUUUUUAUUUAUGCAUGUUUGGAGAUGUCUGUCUCACAUUUCUUCCUCCAUCACAGUACGAUGGAGUACAAAUAAUGAAUUUAUAUUAUGGUACUUACACUAUUCCUUCCACAAUCUGUGUACUAUUGUUAUCACAAGUUUCAAUUCAAACUUCUCACUUCUCAUGUAUAGGAUAUACAUGUCAGGGGGUUUUUCUGGAGCUUCUGGAAAACUGGAUUGAAAAAGCCUUUUUCACCAUGCUGUAAUUCAGUCAAAGUCAUUGAAUAAACCAUACCUGUUCCCUCUGUGUGCCAUAUUGUGUGCUGUUUGGUAUGAACAUUUAGAGGAAACUGGAGAGCUUGCUUUACUGACAGCUCAAUCAGGAUCACACUCCCUUUUGGAUUAAUGGCCAGUUAGGGAAGCUGCUGAUAUUUCCAGAUAG